CGGGAGCGCGGAGCCAGGGCCGGGGCAGCCCCGCUGGGCACGGCGCACCCCGCGGCGCCCCGGGUGCCAGAGCCCCGCCACCAGGUAGUAUUGGUACAUCGUUUCAAUGCCACUCAAUCCAUCAAGAUCACAUUUGUACUGAUGACAGUGACAAGAGCGAAGACAGUCCUAGUCCCAAGCGACAACGCCUUUCCCAUUCAGUCUUUGACUACACAGCAGCAUCACCAGCCCCAUCACCACCAAUGCGACCAUGGGAGAUGACAUCAAAUAGGCAGCCUCCUUUGGCUCGAGCCAACCAACACCACUUCUCAGGGGAACGAUGCAACACACCUGCACGGAACAGGAGGAGUCCUCCUGUUCGACGUCAGAGAACAAGGAGAGAUCGUUUGUCUAGACAUAAUUCUAUUAGCCAGGAUGAAAACUAUCACCAUCUCUCCUAUGGACAGCAGCAAGCAAUAGAAGAGCCUCGAGCCUUUCGCCCACCGAAUGUAUCUCCUCGUAUGUUGCACCCAGCUGCUCACCCACCACAGCAGAAUGCAGUGAUGGUUGACAUUCAUGAUCAGAUCCAUCAGGGCACAGUUCCUGUUUCAUACACAGUGACAACUGUGGCUCCGCAUGGGAUACCACUUUGCACAGGCCAGCACAUUCCAGCCUGCAGCACGCAGCAGGUCCCAGGGUGCUCAGUGGUUUUCAGUGGCCAGCACCUUCCAGUUUGCAGUGUGCCUCCCCCAAUGCUUCAGGCGUGCUCAGUCCAGCACCUACCUGUACCAUAUGCAGCAUUUCCACCCCUCAUUUCUAGUGACCCAUUCCUUUUGCAUCCUCCUCAUAUCUCUACACACCACCCUCCUCACUUACCUCCUCCAGGACAAUUUGUUCCUUUCCAAGCACAGCAGUCACGGUCGCCACUUCAAAGAAUAGAAAAUGACGUAGAAUUGCUUGGAGAACAUCUUCCUGUAGGAGGUUUUACAUACCCUCCCUCAGCCCAUCCACCAACGUUGCCUCCCUCAACUCCUCUUCAAUUCUUAGCCCAUGAUCCAUUACACCAGGAGGUGUCAUUUGGUGUACCUUACCCACCUUUUAUGCCUCGAAGACUCACAGGGCGCAGCAGAUACCGAUCACAGCAGCCAAUACCAACACACCCUUACCAUCCCAGCCUAUUACCUUAUGUGCUAUCAAUGCUCCCAGUGCCACCGGCAGUUGGACCAGCUUUCAGCUUUGAGUUGGAUGUGGAAGAUGGAGAGGUAGAAAACUAUGAGGCACUGCUGAAUUUGGCAGAACGUCUGGGAGAAGCCAAACCACGGGGAUUAACAAAAGCAGACAUUGAGCAACUUCCAUCCUACAGGUUCAAUCCAAACAAUCACCAGUCAGAGCAGACAUUAUGUGUGGUGUGCAUGUGUGAUUUUGAGUCAAGGCAGCUACUUAGAGUCUUACCCUGUAACCACGAGUUCCAUGCCAAGUGUGUUGAUAAAUGGCUGAAGGCAAAUCGUACCUGCCCGAUUUGUAGAGCUGAUGCUUCAGAAGUGCAUCGUGAUUCAGAAUGACCAAUCUAACAGCACAAAUCUGGUUUGGGUGUUUCUGGUCACAUGUAUAUAUGAACUCUCUAUUGAACUUACCUACCCACGUGGCUUCCAGCCUACCCUUUACACAAAGGGGUCAAUGGACCUUACUUUGCACUGUGUGACUUAAUCGAUUAUAAAGCUUAUUAUAACUAGUCUUCACAGUUACGGGAUUGUUAUACUAACAAGUGUGAUUGGAACUCCAAAGAUUUUUUUUUUUUUAGCUUAAUUUUGUGUGUGCACUAACAUUCCCUGGGUUUUGUGUGAUCAUUCCGAAUACUGCUGCAAGAUUACUGUGGAUGUGAUCUUUUAGCAUGUGCUUUUAUAUAAAAGAAAAAGGAAAUAAAAAGUGGUAGCUCCAAACAAUAUAGCAAUCUACCUUAUAUAGAGCCUUCAGAUACUGUGAGUGGGGAUAAAUGGUGUGAGUGUGUGUUUGCCUGUGAGAAGGUGAGUGAAGUGUGCUUGUGUCUGGGUGUGCGUGCGUGAGAACCUAUAUACCAGCAUGUACUGAGAACGUAUGUGUGUAGUAAUAAUUAUGCUGCAAUGUAUAAUCUUGUGUGUUAUUUAAACAGUACUAGUACUGUACACUGGUUCCUUUCCUUGUGUUUGCAGCUGCACACUGAAUGCAAUGGGUGCAGCAAUUACAGACUUUUAGUAUUUUGUCCCCAACAUACUUACAGGUGUAAAGACCUUUCUACCUACUACUAUUCAAACAAACAGCUAUUAUGCUUCCCCUUCACUGGAGGCUUUAAGCGUGUACCACUAAAGAAUGCAUUGAUUGUUCAUACGUGAGUAACCUUGGGGGUUUUAUCAUAUGUUAGAAAGUCCGGAUUUUUUAAUGGCUGAUUUACAAGUUAUUUUAUCAAUGUAGAGUUGCAAUAUCACAUUUAGCAAUAUUAAUGUUUCUGAUUGCUAAUAUGAAUAUCAAUGCUUUUCUGUUUUCCUUCUAAAUUUUUCUAGCUGGGUUUGCCAGUUAAGUGUUUCUUCCAUGAAAGGAAGCAGAAAGUUCACUGAGGGUGUCCUGGUCUUGUGGAAAAGCUCUUAACUUUUGCCCAUUGGACUUUCUAAGGACAUCAUCUUUUAGCUUAUAAACAUUGGCUUUAGUCACAUACAUUCUUUGUCAUCUGCAAGGAAGUUGGUAUGUAACUAAAAUAACUUGUAAAAGGUUACAAUUUUGUUCCUACAACUUCAUGAAUAAAAUACUUUUUUUUAGUGUUUUCUCAGAGAGGUAGAAUUUCACAUUUUUUUCAUCCUGUCACAAAAGGAGGUAGGUUUUGGUCAUUAUCUUCAGAAUUCUGUUGCCCUGAUGCUGCUUCUUUCCCUUCCUUAUUUCAUAAUGAGUAUAACAGGAAGAAGGAACUCCCUAAGUUUUUGCAAUCAAGUUUCCAGAGUGCUCCACUAGAGGAGAAAUUUGGAAUACUUUCCAGAACAGUGCUGUGAAAUGAGGGGAUAAUGUCUACUCAAGUGCUCUGAAUAAUAUUUUAUUUGGGCCAUUAGAAAAAUGAGCUUUCUUUGUAACAUUCACACUGUUAACGUGUCUGAUGUGUUCUAGCAUGUUUAGGUCUGCAUAUUCCACAGUUAUUAAAAGUAUGCACUUUUUGCAAUGAAA